ACAGCGGCGUUGUUUUUGGAAUUCGGGUCAACGGACACGCGCCACGCGCGCGACAGCUUCGCCGAUGAAGGAAGUAACUUCGAGGGUCCUCUCGACGCGGUGACGUUACGUUGGUCCGAGCCUCAGGUGAUCUCCCGGCAGGAUGCCGUCCCCUCAAGUCCUCCAGCCAGUCCUGAAGAUGAAAGUGGACGAGCUGUUUCUCAACUGGUUGAGUGACACCGCGACCCAAUCGCUGCUCAAAGAUUAUCUUGACAUCAUCAAAAGCGGACAGCGCAUCGACCGGAGCUGCGAGGACGCCCGGGACAAGAGGUUGUCGACCUUCAACGAGAACAACAAUGUGGCGUCCCAGAAGAACCUGGCGGAGAAGAAGCCCCUUCCCAUCCGUACUCCCUCCAGCCCUCCGUCUGCCAGCACACUGCCCUCGGGCAGCAGCAGCAAUACCAGAGUGACCGGAGCCAAUGGCCGGGUGCUACGGAGGUCUGUCAGCACAAAAAAGGCCCAGGUGAGGACGCAGGAGCCCGUCUCCACAGCGCUGAGCGAAAGCAUUCCAAAGUUUUACUUCCCGCAGGGCCGGCCCAAAGCCAACGUCAACAUCGACGGCCUCAUUGCCGAAGUCGAGAAAACAUUUUCCCGAUUCCCAAAUGAAAGGGCCACCAUUGAGGACAUGGGGCAGGUCGCCAAGGCCUGCGAGUGUCCCGUCUACUGGAAGAUGCCAUUGUUCUGCUCGGCCGGAGGCGACAGGACCGGCUUCGUGUCCGUCCACAAGUUCGUGGCUAUGUGGAGAAAAACCCUGCAGACCUGUCACGACGACGUUUCUAAAUUCAUGCACCUCUUGGCCAAGCCUGGCUGUAAUUACCUGGAACAAGACGACCUUAUUCCGUUCCUGCAGGACGUGGUGAACUCGCACGCAGGCCUGGCCUUCCUCAAGGAGGCGCCGGACUUUCACUCGCGCUACAUCACCACGGUGAUCCAGAGGAUCUUCUACAAUGUGAACCGCUCAUGGACGGGAAAGAUAACGUGCACCGAGCUCAGGAAAAGUAAUUUUCUUCAGAAUUUGGCGUUGCUGGAGCAGGAAGAAGACGUGAACCAGCUGACCGAGUUCUUCUCCUACGAACAUUUCUAUGUCAUCUACUGCAAGUUCUGGGAGCUGGACACCGACCACGACCUCUACAUCGACCAGAAGGACCUGGAACAGCACGGCGACCAAGCCCUCUCCAAUAAGAUGAUCGAGAGACUCUUCUCAGGAACAGUCACGAGAGACCGAAAGGUGCACAAGGAGGGGCGGCUCAGUUACGCCGACUUCGUCUGGUUCCUCAUCUCCGAGGAGGACAAGAAGACCGACACCAGUAUAGAGUACUGGUUCCGCUGCAUGGACCUGGACGGUGACGGCGUGCUCAGCAUGUACGAGCUGGAGUACUUCUACGAGGACCAGUGCCAGAGGCUGGAGACCAUGGCCAUCGAGCCCCUUCCCUUCGAGGACUGCCUCUGCCAAAUGCUCGACCUCGUCAAACCUGAGGUCGAAGGUAAGAUCACCCUGCGGGACCUCAAGAGAUGCAAGAUGUCCCACAUCUUCUUCGACACUUUCUUUAACAUCGAGAAGUACCUGGACCACGAGCAGAAAGACCCGUUCUCCAUCAUACGGGAGAUGGAGACGGACGGCCAGGAGCUCUCAGACUGGGAGAAGUAUGCCGCCGAGGAGUACGACAUCCUGGUGGCCGAGGAGGCCGCCAACGACCAGUGCAACGACGAGUACGACACGGCGCUGAGCCCUCUGGGGCAGCACAUCUCCGCCGAGCUGGGUCUGACGAAGAGACACUUCUUCGAGAUCCCCAGUCCGCACUGCAACCUGGACCUGGAGAAGUACCAAUGCGAAGAUGACUUUGAAUGACGCCCCUCCCCCGCGGCGUCCUCCCACCAGCGGCGCCAGGGAAUGAAUCCCACCCAGUCUGACUUCGUGAUGUCACACGCCGACCGUCGAUCGACCCCACUGCGCCAACGCGGGGGGAAAGAAAGUAGUGUGUGUGCUUUUUUUAAUACAUGUUUGGGGGCCGAGUGUUACGUCACCCGACCGCCGGCUGCGUGGUCACAUCCACGCCGGCAGCUACACGUCUUCACACAGCGCAGCUCCCUGAUUGGUCGGGCAGAAAGAAAUAGAUUCAGGUUUUUUUAGACUCCUCCUCCUCUGAAGUCUUUGGCUCACGUUACGUUCAUCCAGAGAGAACGCUUUCUGGAGGCUGUAACAGGCCUUCAAUGUAAAUGCCAAACAAGCCACCGCUGGGCCUGCUCCACACACACACACACAGAGAGCUCACACUGCCACACACACUGUAUAUUGUACAGGUCUGUACUCAUUAUGAUAGAAUGUCUUUAUGUGUGAGAUGGGUUUAUUAAAUUAUUAGAGAUGAAUUUAUAAAUAUCUGUAAAUAUUUAUUUGGUGCUUGCUGUGUUGUAAAUGAUAUGGGGAAAAAUGUUUUGAGACAAAAUUCUUUUUUUCCUCUGUUAUAAAGUACUUAUUUUGAAUGUACUUUUGACGGAACAAAAGGAACCGAUUUUAAAAUGUUUUCUUUUCUUGAAUAAUAAAGCCGUGGUUAUUGGAAGAGUAAAGACGAGACUGCAGUUUGAUUUCAUCCAUCGAGUGAAAACCGGUUUGAUAUAUUCACAAAGACAUAGAUGCAAUAGAUAUUACAGCUUGGCAAAAUGUAACUGGACUAUUUAUAUUAUAUUUAAAUUAAUUUACAGGAAUACACGAGUAGAUUUUGGCAAACUUUAGCGAUAAUAAAGUGUCAGGCAGGACAAUAGAACAUAAAUCCUAAAGGACAAUUUGACAAAUCUUGGAUCUGAAUGAUCCAAAUGUAAAAAUAAUGUUCCACUCAGGUACAGUAUGGAAGUGAAGAUGGGGAAAAGCUUUACACAUGUAGCCCUGAUAAUAUACUCGCGAUUAUCAUGUAGCGUCACACAAGUGAAACGGUCAUGACCGAUUAAGGCCACUACGAUCUCCAGCAACGACCGUGGUUGGUGUGCGUGUGCUAGGGUGUGGUGUGAGUGGAUUUGUGUUAUUUGUUUUAAUUGUGAUAUUUAUUAUUUUUGUUGUGGUGGUUGUAUUUGUGGUAUUGUAGAGGUUCUUAGGAAGAGAGAGCGAGUUAUAUACAUUUUGUGGGUUUUCGUUGUAUGGGGAUUGGUGUUUAGUUUUGUUUUGUUUAGUGAAUAAAUAUGCUGUGGCGUGCAUUAUGAACCGGUUGGCUGCACCGUCCCUCUGUUAAACACAACCCAGGACCCCGCCCAUCGUAUAUUGUACAGAGCUACAUGGGCCGGGGGUUACACACAUAUUGAUUCACUCGGUCCUCUAAUGAAUACUUGAGUCUGACAUUAUUUGAAUGAGGAUAAAACAUUUCUCUGUUUACAAACCCCACGAAAGCAAUUCCCAUUUUAAAAUAUCAAAUCUUUAAACACUGAUCACAAAUGUAUCAUUUACUUUAUACAUGUGUGUGUGUGUAUGUAUACAGUGCAUCCGGAAAGUAUUCACAGCGCUUCACUUUUUCCACAUUUUGUUAUGUUACAGCCUUAUUCCAAAAUGGAUUCAAUUCAUUAUUUUCCUCAACAUUCUACACACAACAACCCAUAAUGACAAAGUGAAAACUGUUUUUUGCUAAUUUUUGCAAAUCUGUUAAUAAAAAACAUAACAUUUACAUACGUUUUCACAGCCUUUGCCAUGACACUCAAAAUGUAGCUCAGGUGCAUCCUGUUUCCACUGAUCAUCCUUGAGAUGUUUGAUUGGAGUCCACCGGUGCUAAAUUCAGUUGAUUGGACAUGAUUGAGAAAGGCACACAGCUGUCUAUAUAAGGUAUCACAGUUGACAGUGCAUAUCAGAGCAUAAACCAAGCCAUGAAGUUCAAGGAAUUAUCUAUAGACCUCCGAGACAGAAUUGUAUCGAGGCACAGAUCUGGCGAAGGGGACAGAAAGAUUUCUGCAGCAUUGAAAGUCCCAAUGAGCACAGUGGCCUCCAUCAUCCGGACAUGGAAGAAGUUUGGAACUAGUGAUGGUGAGAUGAAGCCUCAUGAGGCAUCGAACCACUUCAGCCAAUUGGUUCGAGAAAGGGUUCAUUUCUCGAAGCUUCAUGUGCUCACGAAGCCACCUACUGGCCAAGUGCAUAAUCACAGGCAGCUGUAUCUGAACCACAUAAUGUGAUGCAUUGCAUUUUUGUGUCUGUUAUGGCUGUUGGGAAUGACUAUGAAUUACAAAAAUGUAUGACCAAAUCAUUUCUGUACAUAAAUUAUCACAUAUGUGCAUAAUAAAAUAUUUUUUGAAUGUA